AUGAGGAUCCACGGCAAGCUGCUUGCCGCUGUGCUGAGCCUGGGGGGGCUGAUCGUCGUCUACCUCCUCCUGGGGUCCCCCACCGCCCCCCACAACACCCCCGCACCGCUCAGAGGGGAAUCCCGGGACCGGAGGGAACCCCGACACCAGGGGGACCCAGGAGAGCAGAGGGAUCCCCGACACCACGGGGAACCCCGAGAUCGGAGAGACCCCGGAGAGCAGAGGGACCCCCGAGAUCGGAGAGACCCCGGAGAGCAGAGGGACCCCCGAGAUCGAAGAGACCCCGGAGAGCAGAGGGACCCCCGAGAUCGGAGAGACCCCGGAGAGCAGAGGGACCCCCGAGAUCGAAGAGACCCCGGAGAGCAGAGGGACCCCCGAGUUCGGAGAGACCCCGGUGCGCCUCGACCGAAGAGGAAGAAGAUCGAUGCCAAGGGGGGCCCCGCCAGAGUCCGAGUUCCCGAGCAAAAACAGAAAGUUUCUGUCCCGGUGGAAUGGAUGCAUCUUGCUGUGGUGGCAUGUGGGGAACGUGUCGAGGAGACGGUGACCAUGCUAAAAUCUGCUGUGCUCUUUAGUGUGAAGAAGCUUCGAUUUCACAUCUUUGCAGAAGACGAAUUAAAACCAGAGUUUGAACGCAAGCUCAGGGAAUGGCCCCGUCAGUUAUCCAGGAAGUUUGAACACAAGAUCUAUCCAAUCACGUUUUCGGUUGGAAACGCUCAGGAAUGGAAGAAAUUAUUCAAGCCCUGCGCAGCUCAGAGGCUCUUUCUUCCGCUGAUCCUGCAAGACGUGGACUCCUUACUCUACGUAGACACGGAUGUUCUGUUUUUGAGACCUCUGGAUGACAUCUGGGCCUUCCUGAAAAAAUUCAACGAAACGCAGUUGGCUGCGAUGGCCCCCGAGCACGAAGUCCCUAAGAUUGGCUGGUACAGUCGCUUCGCUCGUCACCCUUUCUAUGGUACAACUGGGGUCAACUCGGGGGUCAUGCUAAUGAAUCUGACUCGCAUCAGGAAGCAGCAGUUCAAGAACAAUAUGAUCCCAGCUGGUUUGACCUGGGAAGAGAUGCUUCACCCAUUGUACCAAAAAUAUAAAAACUACAUCACGUGGGGAGACCAGGACUUGCUGAACAUUAUUUUCUCCUUUAACCCAGAGAACCUGUAUGUAUUCCCAUGUCAGUGGAAUUAUAGGCCGGACCACUGCAUGUAUGGCAGCAAUUGUAAGUCUGCAGAAGAAGACGGUGUGUCCAUUCUUCAUGGCAACCGAGGGGUGUACCAUGACGACAAACAGCCAGCAUUCAGAGCCUUCUAUGAAGUCUUACGAGAUUACCCAUUUGAUGGAAACCUCUACCAGGAAAUGUAUUACCCGCUGCAGUCCAAGUUCCUGGCGAGUGUCCACACUCUCUGCGGCCGAAUCCCCCAGGUGUUCCUAAAGCAGAUUGAGCUGACCAUGAAGAGAGUCUACGAAAGGCGAGUGAUUGUCUACGCUGGGUCGCGCGGAAGGGGAUGAAGAUUCUGUUGGGAUGAAUACCUUGAAUAUUUCCUGGAUGAAAUCUGUAAAAAUCCAAAAAAAAAAACCUUGGACGCUAUUUAAAUAAAGUUUGACAUGGACAAGGUUUUUAUUGUUGGAUGCAAAGGGAAAAACUAUGCAAACGUAACAGCGCCAUUUUGGAUCACAGUAUUCGAAAGCUUAGAUGGACCAAUGAGAAGAUGUAAGGCGGAGUGACCUCAAGCCCUGGGCAGGAGCCGGUGCAUUUAGUAUACCAAAAAAAACAAAAACUUUUUGUAAUAAUUUUACAUUUUUUUAUAACGCAGAAUGGAUAUAUUUUAUUUCUUUGUAAGAAAUGUGAUGCUUCUUUUUUUAUAACUGGGGGAUCUUUGCUGUGUCCUUCAGAACUGUGGUAUGCUUCAAACCGACAGUGCUUCUGGUCUCAAUGUACUGUAUGGUUGUUGGCCCCGUGUCUUCUAGACCAUUGGUUACAAGUUGCAUCUUAUUAGUCAAGUAGUGGCGGCAUCAAAUGCUGCACAUUGCCCAUGGUGUGCCUCCUCUCCUGUACAGGGGAUAUUAAAGGAAUAGAUUAAAAUUGUGCUAGAGACCAUCCUUGUUUAAAAGUUGUUUAUCUCGGACUGUGAUUUUGCAUCUUUGGGUUGGGAGUGUUUUUUGUUAAAGCAGGGGUAGCUGCUAAACAGGGUGGAUAAAAAUCGAUGAUAAAAAAA